ACAAAGCUGUGAACACUGGUUUGUGUUGCCAACUUUGGAAUCCAGUUACUAACCGAACAUGUUUGCAACGCACUACAAACGUGCCUUCAUUCAAUAAUAAGUUGAAAACUGUGAUAACACAAGUAAAAUUGGCACAUAGUCCAACUUUCACAAAACAUAUUAUCACGCGCCACCUACGAAGACUUAAGUAAUACCGGCAGUUGGUGUCUUCAAUAAAUAACUUGAUCGUGUGUGGCAUUCCUGUUUCGUUUGUUUACAAACAUGAAAUUCUAUUAAAAAAAAGGCCAUGCAGACGUGUUUUUAACCUUGUCAAAAUUAUUUGCAAAUGCGGGUUCUGUGAUGCUAAAUCUACUGUGAGCUACUACACUUUGUGCUUAAUGAUACACUGUCACUUCAUUACCAAUGCACCGUUCUUCUUUCUUGCAUAGUUAGGCAGUGGGAUUGUUUUUACUCAUUACGAUUUUCACCAGUUUAUGUACAUAUUUAGAUGAUAUGCUACUUUGGCGUUAACAAUUUUUACUUUAAAUUUUAUUACGAAUAUUGGAAUAUUCAAGAAGAUGGGCGAACCCCGCAUUACUUUUGAGUCGCUGUACAUCAAUACGGAUGUAACGUGUGUGAAAUGUUACGGAGAUUACGUACUGACAGGAACUGGACCAUGGUUCAGUAUAUAUAAUGCAGAGACCUCAGAAUGUUUAUUAAAAUGUCCAGUCUUCCAUGGACAGAGGAUUCAUGGUAUAGCUCCACAGUCAGAUGAAAGAAUUGCUAUUUUUGGUGGAAGACAAGUUGUUUUUCUUCACUUAAACCGGAAUUUUAAAGAAAUCCUUAACAAAAUCAGAUGUCAUGUUGAUGAGUGGAUCAUUGAACUUCAUUGGUUGGAAUGUGGAAGAAAAUUUGCCAUUCUUACUGCAGAUAAUGUCAUUUCACUCUGGAAGAUGAAUGAACCAGAGCAACUUGCUAAAGUUUCUUGUGAGUUAAACUGCCUUGUCUAUAGUGCAGUCAUUAUUAAAGAAUCAUGGUCAAACCUGAUUGUGUUAGCAGGCACAGCUUUUGGGAAAAUUCUUGUAUGGAAACCUGCUCUUAAUCUUUCAGAAAAACAGGAACACAUCCUGCAUACACUUACUGGGCAUGAUGGUGUUGUAUCAUCUGUAUCAUAUGAUGCAAAGACUAGUGUCAUCUGUACCACUUCAGAUGACCGCUCAGUAAAAAUAUGGAAAGUGAACCUGAAUCAUGAGGAAUAUUGGGAAGCUGCAUCCAUCCAGUUAGUCUGUUCAUUGUAUGGACACACAGCAAGAGUAUGGAAGGCCAUCACAGUGAACAGAACUGUAGUUAGUGUUGGUGAGGAUUCAUCUGUAAUGGUGUGGGGAUUUGAAGGAAAAUUGCUGAAACAGUGGAAGUAUCAUCAGAGCAGUACCAUAUGGGCUAUGGACUACAGCACUGAGAAAAAAAUUGUUGUUGUCGGUGGAAGUGAUGGAGGAGUUAUUGCAUGGCCAUUUAAUAUGUGGAGAGAAGAGAGUUUGAAUCAUGCACAAUUGUCUUUCCAUGAGUGCUUAAACAAUUCAGUUAAUCAUGUAAAUCAUAUAGAUGGCAUCAUACUUCGCCGUAUUGUUAUUUUAAAGGAUAACCAUGUAGUGGCAUUAACUAAAAAUGCCGCUCUUUGGCAUUAUGAUGACUGCCAUGGUGCUGAAUGUAAAUUUACAUUUGACUGCAAAAGAUUUUCAAAUAUAUGCCUUCUUGACAUCUCACCAUCAAGAGCUUUGCUUGCUAUUGCAUCAUGUGAUGGUGAAAUUCUUGUUAUGAGUGAUGAAAACUGCUGCAGAGGGGAAACCUUAACAAAACUGGUCGAAGUGCACUCUUUGGAAGGAGCCAUAUCAUCAUUGCACUGGGCUUCAGAUGACUGUUUAUUAGUAUGUUCCUCUUCUGGUCCUAUGGAGCUAUGGAAACUCAAAGCAGUUGGCGAUGAAUGUCACUCUUUUACCUGUCUUCAGAAGUUCAGCUUACCAACUAAGAAAAAGUCAUCUGUUAUGACAGCUGUGAUUCAUGACAGUCAUCUGUUAUUUGGUGACAGGACCGGAAACAUACAUGUAUAUGGUUUAAUAACCACUGAUGAUAACAAUGGGACAGUAAUGUUGGAUAAACUGCAUACAAAGCACCAACAUGGAAAAGAAAGUGUCACAUUUAUAAUGAGCCUGAAAUCUGAAAUAAUUUCAGUUGGACGUGAUGGUAUGCUCUGCUGGUUUACUGUAGCAAAUAAAACAUUACGUGAGGUUUCUGUCUGUAGGCUACCUAUGGAAUGGCCUGCAAGAAUUCUAACUGUAAAUGGUGGAAUCCUUAUUGCAGGUUUUGUUGAUGUGAAGUUUAUUGUUUGGAGCCACGAAGAAAAACGAAUACUCCUAGAAGUUCAAUGUGGAGGUGGUCAUAGAGCAUGGGACUGUGCAAUUAAUGAAGAUAUUUUCACUUUUCUAUAUCUGAAAGACAAUGUUGUACACAGAUGCAUAUGUAGCUUAGUUGAUUUAACACGACCACACUUGCAGAAAGGUUUUCAUCUCAAGGACAUUAAUUGCCAGAAGCUUAUUUGUGAAAAUACAGUCAGAAUUCCAUACCGCCUUGUGGCAUGCGGUAGUGAAAACAAUACAGUUUAUCUUAUUUUUCUUCAAGCUGGCAUGGCACCUACAGUAGCAGCAGUUCUUGACACACACAUAUCCAGUGUGAGAACUCUGGAUGUAUGUUGCCUAAGAAAGUCUGAAGAGUCUGAUUUGUUCCUGCUGGUUACUGCUGGUGGAAGAGCUCAGCUGAAAGUGUGGAAAAUUUGUGUUUCGCAUUCAGGAGAUGAAGCUGUAUUGCCACAAGUGUAUUGCUCUGAAGUUUGCUCAGAUAUUUUGAAUAAAUGUGGAGGUAAGAAGAAAGCACCUUGGAAGUCACUGCAGCCUGUGGCAGAGGCAGAUAUGCGGUAUAUGGACAUCUGCAUCUUGCAAACCGAACACACCCCAAGAGACACUUGUGAAUACACUGUUCCAUUUGCUUUUAUUUUGGCAGGGUGUUCAGAUGGGAACUGGAGGUUGCUAAAUUACAAUACACAGUGUGACCAUCUGCAUCAUCUGAAAGCAUUUCCCAGCCAAAUGUGUGUGUUGAAAGUUGGUUAUCUUUACACCAGGAGCCAUUAUGUUGUUUUUACAAUGGACACCAAUGGAUGUUUAAAAUUAUGGGAUUUAACUGCUGAUCUCCAUGACACAGUAAGAAGUAAAUUUCAGAUGCCUAACAAUCAUAAAAAUUCUUUUGUUCAGACAGAGAAACAGAGAAAACCAUUGUUUGUAAUGAAAGUGCACCAAACAGGCAUUAAUAGUAGUGAUACAUUUAGUAUAUCAUGUGAGAGGUUUGUUAUUGGUACAGGUGGUGAUGAUAAUGCACUAUCACUAACCAUGCUUGAUUUGAAGGUUGGGAAUGCUGGAGAUAUGGAUGUAGUUUGUGUUUCUCAGUGGAAAGAUACAACUGCACAUCUUGCACAGAUUACAGGCAUAAAAAUGUUUAAUGGAUUCAUUAUUACUGGUUCUGUGGAUCAAUGCAUUGCAUUGUGGGGUUGGAGUUUCCUAUCAUGUAAACUGAAUGCUACGAAACUUCAAAGCUUUCGUAGUACCAUUACUGACAUUAAAGGAUUUCUUGCAUGGAGAACAGAGAAUGGAUUUACCAUUUCUCUUUAUGGUCAAGGCAUGGAAUUGAUCAAAGCCGUCGUGAAUGAUGAUCUGGACAAGGAGGCAGCUCAAAAAGUUUGAAAUCUGAAAGCAGAUUAGGUAUUGAGACAUACCAGGUGUUUCCUACUGAGCAAGGUGAUGCAGUGAUUAGCAUUCUGGACUUGGAUUUGGGAAGAUGACAGUUCAACUCACCAUCCAGUCAUCCAGAUCUGGGUUAUCUGUGAUUUCCUUCCCCAUUCUGGAAACAAUCUGAGCUGAUUCUCUGUCUGUAAUGGCAUCGAUAUUGAUGGGAUAUUAAACCCUAAUCUUCCUUCCUGGUUCCUUUUUUCAAUGUUUCUUCCAGGAAAUGGUCACUCAUUUAUUCAGAAUCAGGAUUUAAUUUAAAUUUUCCAAUGUAAAUACAUAUUAUUUGAUAACUAAUGUUGUAUUAAAGAUACUUUGUUUUAUGGCUGCUGUUGCUGUAUUUCAUUGUAGCAAAAGGAAUGUAGCAUGGACACCACAUGAGAUGUAGCCAGCUCUAAGAGAGUCACAUAAUACUUCCCAAUCAGCCUGUAAACUUCAGAUUAGUUUCAGUGUAUGAAAAAGGUAAAAGAAACAAAGGAAACCAUCUACUUACCAGGCUGCUGCAGCUCAACCAUCUCAGAUAGAAAGCUCAAUAACUUUUAAAACUAGGAAUGUGAAGAAAAGAGGUUUUUUAAAUAACUGUACAGGAAUUGAUACAGAACACUGGGGCUGUGGUCUGCCUACAUACCAGAAAAUAACUUGGGUGACUGAAGUGAAAUAGAGAACCAUUUUGCAAUAUAUGCCUCUCUCAACUAUUAUGUUGCUUGGUUAAUUCACACACACACACACACAGGGCUGCAUUUUCCCAGCUGACUACACUAAACCAGCACAGUAGUUCAACUGAUGGAGACUCCACUGAGUCCAGGAAAGUUGUUGUAGUUUAGCAAUUUCAGCUGUUUCUCAGUAUAUACUAUCUUCUCCGUGGCAUGAGAAUGGCAGUGGAGCAGCAGUCCUGGAUUUUCCUUUGUAAACGAACAUUUGAAAGUCAAAUUAAACAUUUCUGCUUUUGUCUUGCUACCUCAGUUUCAGUUCCAAUGUCAUUCAUGAGUGUCUGGCACUAACUCUGGUGCUACUGAAAGCCAUUAUAUGUAUGACCAGAAUUUCUUUGCCUCUUGUGAAGUGUCUUUCCAUUCAGCAAAUCUCUAUCUACAGCCCUAUGCUUUGUUUCACACUUAUUGUGCAAUGUGCAGUGUUUCUUACGUAAAGAAACUGUAUACCAAACAGGGACCCCCUUUGUGAACUGAUCUACUAUGAAUAUAUCUGUCCAGUCAUUAGUCAAUUAGUCCUCUAAACUUGAAUCACAUUUUCAACUUUUGUAGUCCUGUCUUCCUCAGUUGUAUCUAAUAUUGCGGUAUAUUGAUAAUUUUUACUUAUGGACCGUAAAUGACAAAAAUGUAAAUUUAAAUAACUAACAUAUGUACAUAUUUUAGGCCACUGGUGAUGCCUUGCAGAAAAUAAAGGCGAAACGCGUAUGGCACUAAAAUUGUGUUUUAUUCAGUUGCUGUCAGACGGUCCAUAAGUAAAAAUUAUCAAUAUACCGUAGUACUGAAUCACAUUUCUUAUUCAUGCUCCUGCCCAGAGCUGAAUGCUUCACAUUUCUACUUGAGAUAUGACACUACUGCCUCUUUAUCUAAUUUACUGGAUAAGUAAAUCUUUCUACUGGUCUUAGUUGCCCUUUAUACUUUGCAAAUCAUUGUUGCUACAACUGCCUCAUGUUCACCGAUACCUGUUUCAAUGUGGACCUCCUUAGAGAGGUCAGGUUUAUUUGUAGCCAUAAGAUUUUUGCAUUUUAUGCAACCCUCAGUGCCUUCAAAAACCACGUGCAGGAUUUUCAUAUUCUCUCACUUGCUGCAUGCAAACUAUUAGUCCUACAGACAAAAUGAACAUGACCUUUCUGUAGGAAAUUUAAUGUAGUUAAAUUUUGUAUGGGGGGAUACAUUUUUGCUGGAGGCCACAAUUUUGGUGUUAUUAAAGAAAAAUGCAUUUGGAGGUCACUUUUGUAUGUUUCUGUUUAAUAAUUCAAAAACCACAUGCUCUGGCAAAAACAUAUCCCUUUUUAAAAUUAAAAUACAUUAAAUUUCCUACAAAAAGAUCCCGAGUCUGGUGGUCAACGGAAGGACCCAGUAAUAAACUUAUGUACAUCCCUGUUACUGAGUCUUGGCCAAAAAAUCUCGCAUUCAGCUUCACUUUUUCUGUCAGUGGAUUUGAGUUUUGUGUGUGUUGCGAUGAAUCCACCACUUCCGUUUCCUGUUAGGCUAUCCUUGUAAUCAUCUAGUAAAAUUUCUGCCAAAAAGGCUAUGGGAGAGCAUGAGUAAAAAGUGAAAGUUCUUUGAUUUAUUCUGUAUAAUGUGACUAAAAGUAUGUAAAUAACAUUAAGACCUCAAUCUAAAGUUACAGAUAUAUGUAAAAUCAUGUAUAUUAAGUCUUGUAUUAUGUAUGUACUAUGCCUAUGUCUGUGCAAAUAAAGGCAUAUUUUUUGAGGAUGUUUGGAAGUUUGUAAAUGUUGUGUAUAAUGUAUUUCAAAGUAAACUGAUCGUGGCGAGUUACA